GUUGUGCCUGGCGGAGUUUCCGCGCCUUCGCCUCGGUGGCGGGGCCGCCGCGCUGCGCUUCCAGGAUCUGUGCCCCGCUGCCUCACUCUCUCCUGUCCCGUGCCCCUUGCUGCUGCGAGCCAUGCUGCUGCCUUCCGAUGUAGCCCGACUGGUGCUGGGAUAUUUACAACAGGAAAAACUUACAGCUACCUGCCGUGAAUUUAUCUUGGAAAGCUCAGAUUUGAAAGAAUAUGCAGAGCACUGUACAGAGGAUGGGUUUAUUCCUGCCUGCUUGCUGUCUCUUUGUGGAAAAAACUUGACCACUAUCCUUAAUGAAUAUGUAGCCAUGAAAACAAAAGAAACAACAAAUGAAGUUCCAGCAAUGAUGUCAUCUCUCUGGAAAAAAUUAGACUAUACACUUUCUCAGAUCAGGAGCAUGCAGAAUUUCACAGGAUUUUCUACUAAUCAGAGGAUACGUACAAGAAGUGGAAUUGUAGAAAUGAAGAGACAGAGACUGCUUCAGCAAUCGGCUCCUGCAAACUCGGGAUUGUUGUCAGUAGCCCAUCAGUCAGGGACACAGAACUCUUCUGUUAUAUCUCCUCAAGUUAUUCACAGGCCAGCAAUAACUCAAAGUGUAUCACAGACAAGACUGAAUACAUUGUUUGUGAACCAGACACAAACCCCAGACAGCAGGAUGAGCACAGGGGAUUUCAUACAUAUUCAAGUUCCAGCAUCACAAGAACGAAAGCUUCAUUCAAACUUGCUUUCUCCAGGAAGACGAAAAAGUGAUUCUCAGAAGAGGAAGAACAUUGCAACACCUGGACCUCUUUCAGCACCUAGAAGUUCUCAAGACCCUGAUGAAGUAGUAACAGAAAAAGAGAGUGAGCCACUUGAAGAGUUCAUAGAUGGUAACUUCCCACAACUGGUUAUCGAAAAUGCCAGAGAGAAAAUCUUGAGCAACAAAUCUCUUCAGGAGAAGCUUGCUGAGAACAUAAACAAAAUCCUGAGCAGUGAUGGCAAUGUCACUCAGGCUCCCAAACAGACUGACAGUGGUCCCACUGAGCAGGAGACUUCAAUUGAUGAAAUCCUUGGACUUCAGGGUGAAAUUCAUAUGUCAGAAGAGGCUAUACAAGACAUUCUGGAACAGACAGAAUCAGAUCCAGCUUUUCAGGCACUCUUUGAUUUGUUUGAUUAUGGAAAGAGCAAGGUAAACAAGAACUUACCUGCUGGUAUUUCUGGUCACAGUGGAGUAGAGAAUGCAAUCCUGGUGGAUGAGGAUAACCUGGAAACACUUGAAAAUUCUUUAGGAGCAGAAGAAACUAGUAGAUGUGACAAUCCCAGAGAAUCACUGUCCUGUAAAGGUUUUCAGUUGGGAGAAGCACCAUGUGCCUUGAAGAGCAGCAUUAAUGAGCACGAUAUGGCUAAGAAAAAUAUAGCCAACGAACAGUUGCAUGAAAGUGGCAGAGCAAGGAAGCAGACUGAAGGACUUAAAACUGUUACCCCUGAACAUAUCGGAGAGCUUGAAAUUGCUUUUGACUCUGUGCCUGCUUUGACUGAACCUAGCAAGAGGCAGAGUUCUGAUAGUGGAUGUAAUGAACACUGUGGAGUUUCUUAUGAGAAAAAAGAGUCAUCUGCAUUAGCACCUGGAAGUGAAAGAGCUGUGGAAAUGGAAAAAGGCCCACUGAGUCAUAGUGCUCAAAGUAGUCCUAGCUUAGAAUAUGUUCAUUCCGGUAGUCCGCAGGUUUCUUUGAUUUCAUUGGCAGAGGGUACUACAGCCAGUGAAAACAAAACACACUCUGGAACUAAAUGUCACUUAUCACCAGAUACAUCACUGUCUGAAAAAACACUCACUGAAAGCCCUUCUGCUGGGGCUGUACUGCUGACAAAAAACAGUUCGUCAGUUUCUAGCCCAUCACCAGAUGCAGGAAAAGAACAGGCAGGAACGAGCAAUGCAGCUGCCUUGCCUGCUAUCCUACAAGAGACCUCUAGCCACCGCUCUGACCAUCAAGAACAGAGUAUGCAGUCUGACUGUACUGCAGGAUCUGCAGUGAAGAUUUUGGGUCUUGACAAAGCAGAGUUACAGCUUGAAGUUGUUGAUACUUCUAAUAAAACUUAUCCAAAUGAUCAGCAUACGCUUGAUAAGCCUUGUAAGAAAGAUUUUAACCUCCCUUCAGGACCCUCUAACUCAGGAACACAAGGGGAAAUGCAAGAACCAUCAUCUUCUACAAAAGCAGAUGCUGAUAAUAUGUAUUUCUCAUCUGGUGAUGACACAUGUACAGAAAUUUCUGUAGUAUCUACUGAAAAUAAUCUUACUGCAUCUGAAAUACACCCAUCUCCUCUCCCAGAAACUACAUCCUCAACAGAUGAGUCAGGUACUGAGGCCAGAAGUAUAAGCGGUGUAUCUUCCAGUAGUCAACCCAUGGAUGUGGAUCCUUCUAACAUAAUGUCCCUCAAGAUCAUCAUCAGUGAUGAUCCAUUUAUUUCUUCAGACACAGAGUUAAAUAAUGCUGUUUCCAGCAUCACGGGAGAGAAUUUGCCGACUAUAAUAUUAUCUUCUCCAGCCAAAUCCCCAACGAAAACUGCAGGCCUGUCCAAAUGUCUAACUGCAGAAGAGACAGAAAAAAAUGUAGAUACAGCUUUGGCAGAGCAGAAUCUUCUUGUGCUUAGACCCAAGGAUCCUUCGGUCACCUCAGUUAACACUCAGAAUGAAGACUGCGCUGUUUUUUCGGUUGCAGGUACAACCAAUCUUUCCAAGGAAGGGGGAUUCAUACAGUUGAUGCCAGCAACAAGCACAGCUUUGGGGAAUUCAAAUAACCUUUAUAUAGCCACCUGCAUGGCUGACCCAGCAACCUUGGGCACAGCUGUCACGCCAUCAAAUGUAGUUGUAUGGCCUGGUAACUCUAUGCCGCUUGCUGCCCAAGCUCCUGCUGUGCAACAGUUACGGACUCCUCCCAGAUCCAGCAACACAUUUGCAGCAAACCAGGCUGUCUCCUCAAACUUCCCACAAGGUUCUGCCAUUAUAAUUACAUCUCCAGUGCAGCCUGUUUUGCAAGGAAUGGUGGGAAUGAUACCUCUCUCGGUGGUAGGACAAAAUGGAAAUGCAUUCUCAGCACCUGCCUGCCAGGUUUUGCAUAUGCCUGUGGCUAGUCCAGUGUGUAACAGAAGUGUCCCGAAACUUCCCAUCACCCCCAAAUCACAAAAGAUUCCUGGAGGAAGAAACAAGACUAAUACAGGAAAACUGGUAUCAAGUGUCGCUGAGCCUUUGAUUUCUCGAACACAAAGGACUGGAAAUUCAGACAAGCUUACCACCACAGAUCUAGGAAAGAAAGUGGAGGAGAACUUACCUGUUGCACCAGUAGAGAGCACAAGUUCCAAUUCAAGACAAAGUGAAAGUCACAGGAGGGUGCUUUGCUUUGAUAACGUUCCACCCGCUCCAGGAGGAAACGCCCAGUGUCAGCCUACCAAGAGUUUAGCCCAAAAAGAAAGAACAGAAAAUACUUUAUUUGCUGUUGACUCUGCUAAGGCCCAGGUAACGAAGAGAGAGAAAGAGAAAACAUUGCCUAGAAUUCUCUGUAAGCCAGAAGUUGGUAGCAACAGAAGCGCAUCUGCAAAGGAGCCACAGCCUGAGCGGAAGGUGGCACCUGCAGGACUUCCAUCAGAUCCCUUCCACAAGACUACAGCAAAUAAGGAAAAUGAAUUACGAAGGGAUGCUGAUGAAAAACAGAAGAACCAGGACACGGCCAAACUCUCCAACGGCCAACAAAGCGUUAGCUUGUGGAACGAGAAGACUGUCGCUUCGGUGCAAGAGCUGAACAAAAAGCAAGGGUCGCUGCCGAACGGCAACGCCAAAACUUCGGGGUCCGUUUCGUUGUCUUCAAAGGAGCCAAAGCGAGAACCGGUGAAAGUUUCUAACCAAGGCCUUUGCCUGUCAAGUCCCUUCGCUAAACAGUGCGUGGAAAUGCUGCAAGACAUUCAGUGGCAUAGCCCAACCAGCAAAACAGUCGAAAACGGAGAGCUGCCGGUACCCCGUACGCCAUCCGGCGUUGGGGACAGGCACGCAGACGAUACUACCGACAGCGUACGGACACCCACCUGCCGGCGCUUCAACGAGGACAGCACGACCCCGAGAAUAAUGGUCCCCCCUGCCACCCCAGACUUGCCUGCCUGCAGCCCAGCUAGUGAAACAAGCAGUGAGAACAGCGUCAGUAUGGCUGCUCACACGCUGAUGAUCCUGUCACGGGCGGCUAUUGCAAGGACUAGCACCACAACCCCCCUGAAGGACAACACUCAGCAGUUCAGAUCCCUAAGGAGUGCAGUAAAGAAAAGGAAACUAGAAGACCUGAAUGAGGGUGAGAGGAAUUCUCGUUCUGCAAAUAGAAAAGAGCUUCAAAGUUCUCCAACACCAUCAAAAAAGAAGAAAAUAAAGAAAAAGAAGCUACCCAAUUCUUUUCCAGCAGGAAUGGAUGUGGACAAGUUCUUAUUGUCUUUGCAUUAUGAUGAAUGAAAAACAAAAGGACAAAGGCUGAACUGUGACUCUCUGAAGCCAAGUGGUGGUGUGCUGAGGUUCUGCAUGGGAAGCGAAGCUACUCCUAAAAGAUGAGUUGCACUUUCAGUGCACUAAAGUUUCACUUUAUAGCAAAAUCAUGCUGUUCUGGAAGCAGGUUGCUAAGUGUACAUAUCAAUGAGUUGAUAUAUAUGUUUAUUUUUGAACAAGCACUUGCAUAAUUAUAGAGCCAUGGGAUUUGCAAAAUUGUACAUUUGUAUAAAUGUAAUGUAAGAGAAGUUGUUAAGAUUCCUGUUAUACCACAUUGUCUGUGUUCUGCUGCAUUCUCUGCUCACCCAUCUGAACUACUUACCCAGUCCCUGGGGAGGCUGUGAAUUUGAAGGCAGUGUUUGUAGUUCACUGGGCUGAGACAUGGGCAGCUAACUUGGCCACUUCCUGUUGUCUUGAUGAUUCAGAAAGGGACAUAACCUGCAGCUGUAACUGGCUGGUACUAACACUCUUGUCUCAUGACCCAUGUUAUAAGGCUGUGAAUGACUUUACCAAAAUACCAGUAACUAUACAUAAGGCCAGUAAAACCUCCAGAAGUAUUUCUCAUCUAAUGAAGCUCUUCCAAACCAGUCAGUCAGGUAAGAACUUUGGAUAGGCUUCACCUGUUUACAGCAUUCGGGGCACAGUAUGUCACGGGAAUGCAAACAACUGUGUUCAAACAGUGUGCUGUUGUGGGGGUUAACCCCAAUACUUGUACCCCAAUAUAAAUACUUACAUGUUAGCAAGAGCCAGACAACAGUUUUGAUGUGUUCUGUUGCAAAAGUCAGUUCUUUUAACUGUCGUUGGUACAGUUGAGAAAGCAUUUGUUAGUCCACUUUUAGCUGUACGUGGAAAACUUUGCAUCUAAUCUUUCUGGUUGACGUAGAAUUUGUCAUAGGUGUUAUAAAACUCUCUUCUAAGAGGCACGGGAGAAGCUCAGCCUAACUUUUUAGUAGUAAUUAGCAUGGGUGAAAAUUACCACAGUAAGUCUUGUUCCAAUCCUGCAGAAUUUUCUCUACUGGUCUUUGCUCCUUGGUUCUCAAAUUGUUGAGGUCUUUACAAAUGCAAGUUUUCUUGUAAGAGAUCUGUACAGCAACAGGGCCAUGUUUCAGAUAGUAAUACAAGGAUUCCUAAGGAACCAAUAUUAUGCAGUAGAUGUUUAUAUUAAACCCAUCCAAUAACUAAAUACUGCAUAGCAUUUACAGCUUGAAUAAAUAUUUUUGUUUUACUAAAACAUUGGUGUGCCUUGCUUUGUGUUUGCUAAGUCCACUUUGGAGAUAGUCAAUGU